GCAGCUAAUUUCAAGUAAGCUUAAAGUGACUAGUGAAAAUUGUUUGUCAGUUUUUGGGUUCAGAAUAAUUUGAGAUUUAUUGGUAAUUUUGUAAAAGUAACAAUUAAAUAAAAAUAUGGGACAAAACCAAUCUGCCCAAGGCGGCUCAGGCGAUAAAAAAGAUGACAAAGACAAGAAAAAGAAGUAUGAACCUCCAAUUCCCACACGAGUGGGCAAAAAAAAGCGACGUGCAAAGGGUCCUGAUGCCGCUAUGAAAUUACCACAAGUAACUCCGCAUACUAGAUGUCGUCUAAAACUUCUGAAAUUGGAGCGAAUCAAAGAUUACCUUAUGAUGGAAGAUGAAUUUAUACGCAAUCAAGAACGUCUUAAACCACAAGACGAGAAAAACGAAGAAGAACGUUCGAAGGUUGAUGAUCUUCGCGGAACACCGAUGUCGGUGGGAAAUCUGGAAGAAAUCAUCGAUGAUAAUCACGCUAUCGUUUCAACAUCGGUAGGCUCAGAACAUUAUGUUAGCAUUUUGUCCUUUGUUGAUAAGGACCAAUUGGAACCAGGCUGCUCAGUUUUGCUAAAUCAUAAAGUUCAUGCUGUAGUAGGUGUUCUUAGUGACGAUACAGAUCCAAUGGUCACAGUGAUGAAACUUGAAAAAGCGCCUCAGGAAACUUAUGCCGAUAUUGGUGGACUGGACACACAAAUACAGGAAAUUAAAGAAUCCGUCGAAUUACCGCUAACCCAUCCUGAGUAUUAUGAAGAAAUGGGUAUUAAACCGCCAAAAGGUGUAAUUCUUUAUGGCCCACCGGGUACAGGUAAGACAUUACUUGCCAAAGCGGUCGCAAACCAAACAUCUGCUACCUUCCUCCGCGUUGUUGGCUCUGAAUUAAUUCAGAAGUAUCUUGGAGAUGGCCCCAAAUUAGUGCGCGAACUGUUUCGCGUUGCUGAAGAGCAUGCUCCUUCUAUUGUUUUCAUCGAUGAAAUUGAUGCUGUGGGUACAAAACGUUACGACUCGAACUCUGGCGGCGAAAGAGAAAUUCAGCGAACUAUGUUGGAAUUGCUCAAUCAGCUUGAUGGUUUCGAUUCACGGGGUGACGUCAAGGUUAUAAUGGCAACCAACCGCAUUGAAACUUUGGAUCCCGCACUUAUUCGUCCCGGACGUAUUGAUCGUAAAAUUGAAUUUCCACUUCCGGAUGAGAAAACGAAGCGUCGCAUUUUUACGAUUCACACAUCCCGCAUGACUUUAGCAGAAGAUGUGAACCUUAACGAACUAAUUAUGGCCAAGGAUGAUUUGUCCGGAGCAGAUAUCAAGGCUAUCUGUACUGAGGCCGGUUUGAUGGCGCUACGUGAGCGACGUAUGAAAGUUACAAAUGAAGACUUCAAAAAAUCGAAAGAGAGUGUUUUGUAUCGUAAAAAGGAAGGCACAGUCGAGGGAUUGUAUUUAUAAAAACUGUUUAUUUCUAUUAAAUCAUAGCUUCUACUCUACUUUUUGCGACGCUAAUAAAUUAGUAGUUAGUGGCAGUGCUUGUUGGCACUGACAUAAAAAAUCUUCUA